GUUUCACAUUCUCUGCGGGACGUGUGGGCGGGGCGUCGAGCGGUGGGCGGAGUUAGAGGCGGGGCGAAGCGGAAACUUCAGACACGCUGAGAUUUGAGCAUCACUCGAGGAAUAAAGCACUGAAUUAAAGACACUAUGAAACUCUGUUACCUGCUACUGCUGUCAGUGCCUGGUCUGGUUCUGGCUCAGGAUCAGAACUAUGAGGAUUAUUCAGAGAUCUUUGGUAACGGCAACAGUUAUGAUCCGUUCUACUAUCCAGCUGUUUCUCAGCAGGUUUUACAAGCUCAGACCUCAGAACCAGGACAGUCCGCAGUGGAUUUCCAGACGGAGCCGACCGAACCUGGACCGCUGGACUGUCGUGAGGAACAGUAUCCCUGCACUCGUCUCUAUUCCGUCCAUCAGCCGUGCAAACAGUGUCUCAACAGCAUCUGCUUCUACAGUCUGCGGCGGGUUUAUGUGGUUAAUAAGGAGAUCUGUGUGAGGACCGUCUGCGCUCACGAGGAGCUGCUGAGAGCGGAUCUGUGUCGUGAUCAGUUUUCCCGCUGCGGUGUAGUUGCGCUCAGCGGCCAGUGUGGGGCGAUGGAAGGCAGCUGCGCUAAGAGCUGCGGAUCCUGUUAAACACACACACACACACACACACACACACACUCAC